CAGUGUUCAGUCUGACCUUUACUGCAAUUAUACUCACUAAUACUGCAGUUACACUCAAUAAUACUGCAAUUAUGCUCUAAUACUCCAGUUAUACUCAAUAAUACUGCAGUUACACUCAAUAAUACUGCAAUUAUACUCACUAAUACUGGAGUUUUACUUAAUAAUACUGCAAUUAUACUCUAAUACUCCAGUUAUACUCACUAAUACUGCAGUUCUCUAACUCUAAUCAGACUGACUGUAUUUCAGAGAAUCCUGGAUUUCAGGGUUUGAGGCCUGAGGAUCUGAAUGAUGGCAGAUUAAAAAGCAGAUGAACUGCCUGAACUGAAACACAUUCUGCUGUUUUUACUUCUGUCUAUGGAGUCUUUUUAAAAAAAUUUUACUGCAAUGUAAAGUCAGGAAACAGCAGAAAGUAAAACCAGUGGGACAGUGUAGUUGGAGUUCAGGUGUUUUUUACCUGCAUCUGUCUGUAGAAACGAGAACCUUAGAAUCCUGAGAGUCACUCCUCCAGUCCUCCAACUUUAACCUCAACUAGUUUCUGUUCAUCCACAUCUUUGUGCUGCUGAUUUAAAUCAAAAACAGAACUGGUUUUUAUUAAACUUCCUCCUGCUGGACCUGAGAAAUAAUGUUUGGGUUCAACAGAAUAAAUGGACAGUUGUUUCCUUUAUGGCUUUAAUGAACAGAAGCACAAACACAACUUUUGCAUUUAAUUACCCCAACAAUGAUGCAUUUCCAGCUCAUUUUUCAUGUUAUUACUAAGGAUUUAUGAACUUAAAUAGCAAAAUAUAAAUACAACUCCUUGUGGUUGUUUUGUGUCUGUUUGUUGUUGUUUUGUGUCAUUUUGAAGGAAAUCUGUCUUCUUGGUUUGUGUGUUCAGAGAUUAAAGCGUUUUUCAGACGGAACUCAGUAAAUAAUCAGACUUCCUUCUACCUCCAUCUGCUCCUCAUCCUCCCAUUCCUUGGUUUAUUUUUCCUUCGGUAUUCUGAGAGCUGAUGGAGUCAGCUGGAUGGCGAUCACUAACUGCUCCGUCCGAUGCUCACCUGGCCGGGGAGCCGUGGUGCAUGCUGGGAAGCACCUGAGUCCCAUCAGCAGAAAGUGAAGCAGUGGAUUCACAGACAUGAAGCCUCCUGAGAUCCCUGGGAAUCCCACGUUGUGUAAAGGCCUCAAUGAACUCCAGAACGGACAGAAGCUGGCGGUCAGAACUUGUCCUGUCGGGUCGACUAAGCCUCUGUCACUCAUCAAACCGUCCAAUCAGGGCAUCUCCAUCUCCGUAGUUCCCGCCAAGACUCCCGUCUCCAUGGUGACGGCACACAUCAACGGACAGAAGGCGGCGAGUUCGGAACAGAUGACCCCGAUCAACCUGCAGACGUUCAGCAGCCGGAGAGCUGCAGAGCUGCCCCCCUCCCAGAUGCUGGGAACUCUUACUGCUGUUCCCAUCAAGGUGCCUCAAGUCAGUUCCCUACACCGGCUGGCAGGACAAGCAGCCACCGUGCUACCUCAGGUCAGGCCAAAGACCCAGAUCCCGGACAGCCUUCCCCUAGUUCCCUGCCAGGAGCUGCAGCCGUCCGGCCAGCAGAGGGCGGCGGUGGUGAGCCCUAAAGGCCCCACACUGCCCACCGCCAACAGCACCUUCAGCCCCGACCGGCAGCCCAACGGACAGAGCGACACCUCGCCAUCGGGGGGUUCCGAUUCCGGAGGCUCCGCCCAGCAUGCCUCAGCCGGACCUGGCGUCGCCUACGCCAUCAUCGCCGCCUCGCCGGCUGCCGGGAAUGGAGUGUCGUCGGUCAGCGAAGCCGUGAAGGUGAUCAUCAUCCAACCUCAGACUCCCAGCAGCACCGACAGGCCUCCAGGGGGUGACGUCCCUCAGGAGGCCCUGAAGAAGGACGAGGACCCCGAGAAAAUCGCCUUCAUGGUCGCUCUCGGCCUCGUCACCACAGAACACCUGGAGGAGAUCCAGACCAGGAGGCAGGAGAGGAAGAGGAGAAGCACAGCCAACCCGGCCUACAGCGGCCUGUUCGAACCCGAGCGGAAACGUUUGGCGUCUCAUUACCUGAACAGCUCUCUGUUCCUGUCAGCUGGAGACUCUGAGGACUUCUGCUGGAAGGAGGACUUGGAGCAUGACGACCACUGUGCCAUCUGUAAGGAGGACGGUGAGCUACAGCUUUGCCACAACUGCCCCCGAGCCUUCCACCCCAACUGCCUCCACCUUCCACUAAAAUCGCCCCCCAGAGGCCCCUGGUACUGCCCCAAAUGCCAGAAGAAGGUUCUGAACAAAGAAAACAUGUCGUGGCCUCAGAACUUCGUCCAGUCAUACGUCACACACAAGAUGGUGCGGCAGGAAGAGAAACGGCGGCUGCUGAGGAGAAACACUGAGCUGAAGAAGGAGUGUGCUCACCUGGAGGAACAAGACAAGAAGCUCAACUUGACGUUGCAGCAGUGCGUGGACCUGAGGGACCGCCUCUUGGGGCAGCAGAGAGACACUCAGGCAUCUCUGGAACGUCUCAAAGCUCUCGUCAGGCUGAUCCAGCGCGACCAACUGAUCCAGGUCACCAUGACGACCACCGCCACCAUCACCGCCUCGCUGCUGUCCCCGUCCUGGAUCAAACCCACCAGCGCCGCCGCUGCCGGCCCCUCGGCCCCGCCCCUUCAGACCAGCCAGGAUGACAUCAUCAACUAGCCCCGCCCCCUGGUCAUUGUGUUGAAUAUCCGGACUGAGAGCCUCUGUCUCCACUGAGUAUUUUUAAACACCUACAGUGCUUACGAGAUUUCUUUUUUUAAGUUCUUUUCUAUUUAUUCUUGGCCUUAAUGUAUUUAAAAGUUAGAGAACAGCGCCGCCGCAGGCCCAGAAGAUAUUCCCUUUUCUAACCGUUGUUCUGGUGUAGUGAGAGAACGUAGAGUAGAACUAGUAGAGAACUGUACAGAUCUAUCCCUCUGUCUGCCAUAAGAAUUCAGGUGUAUGGAAACGCAUACGAGCCUUCAAACAAAACAGAGAAUAACCUUUUUCAGUAUUAAUAGAGUCAAAGAAAAAAGUAUUUAAGAUAAAAGUACAGAAAUUAGCAUUUCUAGUGGAGAUUUUAGUAUUUUCUUGCUGAUGCCUGAUCACUGUACAUACGUUUAUUAUUCUCAUUCUUCUCAUCUUUACUGGAGUCACACAGCUGGAGUUCAGUCAGAAAGCUGCUUCUCUGCCUCAGAAACCAGAAAAAAGCACCUGAAAUAACAUCCAGGUUCUACUAUUAGAACUUUAUCUGUUUAACUGCUGCUUCUCUGCCUCAGAAACGAGAAGAAACACGUGAAAUAUCACAAUUUAACAGCAGGGAACAUCCAGGUUUCACUAUUAAAACUUUAUCCGUUAAAUCAGCAGUGUCAAACUCAUUCUAGUCCAGGUUCCAGUAAAACCACAGCAAAAUAACCUAUAAAAAAACCCAUGAAGAACCUAUAAAAAACCUAUUUAAAAAAACGUUAAAAAAACUAUAAAUAACCACAACUCCUGAUGAUUCCUUUGUUUUAGUGCAAAAAUAUUCACAUUUAAGGAAUUAUCACUUUACUAAACAUCAUGAACAACCUGAAAUUUAUGAAGAAGAAUAAGUUCAUCCUCAGUUUAUCAUUUCCACAACACAACUUUCAGAUCACAGAGUGUCGACAAAGCAGCACAUUUAGUCACCUGGAACAGAAUCACAGAGGAUUUCCUGAAGGAUCAAAACCACAAAAAUGAGACAAAAAACAACUAAAAACAAGACAAAAUAUUACAAAAAUGAGACACAAAAUGACAAAACACAAGACAAACGACACAAAACAAAACAUAAGAGACAAAAAAUUACACAAAUGACAAAAAAUGACAAAAGCGAGAAACAAAAAAAAAUGGACAAACGACAAGUCGGGCAAAAAAAGUAAAAAAAACCCCAACAAGAACGAGACACAAAACAGCAAAAAAUGAGACAAACGACACAAAACACAACACAAAAGAGACAAAAAAGUUACAGAAAAAUGGACAAAUGACACAAACGACACAAAAAAUGCGGAAUAAAGCAGAACACAAAAUGACAAAAAUGAGACAAAAAACAAGUGAGACAACAAAAACAAGAAACAAAAUGACAAGUCAGACAAAAAAAGACAAAACAACAAAAACGAGACAAAAUGUUACAAAAAUGAGACAAAACAACAAUAACUAGAAACAAAACGACACAAAACAAAACAAAAAAAAUUAGACAAAAAAGGUACAGAGCAACAAAACAAUGGACAAAAACUAAACACAAAACUGGCAAAAACAAGAAACAAAACGGCCUCUGAAGGGCCGGUUUCAGACCCUUGGAGGGCCAGUUUCGGACCACCGGAGGGCCGGUUUUGGCCCUCAGGCCUCGUGUUCACCAGCCUUGGUUUAAUGGUAGAAACUCCUGGAUGUUUGUGAUUCUCUGAGCUGUGAUCAAACAUAUCGAUGAGGAGCUCCAGGUUUCAGGUUCCUGCAGCAGAGAAGCUCUGAGGCCCAGCGUGGUCCUCCCUUUAACCAGAACAGAAAAUAUGCCAAAAACCUCUUAGUUUUUCUGCUGGACUCCACCUCCUGUUUUUUUAUCCACUUUCUAACUGCUGUGACGAACACUGCCUCAACUCAUCGUCUCGUCACGUUUGUCUUUGUUGCGUCGUUUCAGGACAGAAAUGCGACGCCUCUGUGGAACUACAACACUCCGACUGUCGGGGGACCGCUCAGUUCCGUCGGUCCGUCCGUCUCGCUCGUCUUCCUGCUGGUCGGAGACGUCUCACUUCCUGUCUGACUCAUCCUGUCCUCACCUAUUGGCCAGGUGCAGCUCUGCUACCUGCUGAUGCACAAACACGAACAAACCGUGGAAAGAUGCCUUCAAGAAGAAAAAAUUUGAUUUAGAAUCAAACAUUUGAUUUAGAACCAAACAUUUGAUUUAGAACCAUAUCAGAAGCAGCUCCGGCUUUCAGGCAAACACCAACAAGAACCAACAAGAACCAACAAACACCAACAAGAACUAACACCAACAACAACUAACAAAAACCAACAAACACCAACAAGAACCAGCAAGAACCAACACCAACAAGAACCAACAAGAACCAACAAACACCAACAAGAAUUAACAAAAACCAAGAAACACCAACAAGAACCAACAAACACCAACAAGAACCAACAAAAGGCUUCUAAAAGACAGGAGUCAAUUGACGCGUUCAAAGACUCGCAACAUAUUCAAAGAUUCAGGACACGUUCAAAGAUUCACGAUGCAUUCAAAGACUCACGAUGCGUUCAAAGACUCACGAUGCGUUCAAAGACUCGCGAUGCGUUCAAAGACUCACGAUGCGUUCAAACACUUGCGGUGUGUUCAAAGACUCACAAUGCGUUCAAAGACUCGUGACGCGUUCAAACACUUGCGAUGCGUUCAAAGACUCGCGACACGUUCAAAGACUCGUGACACGUUCAAACACUUGCGAUGCAUUCAAAGACUCGCGACACGUUCAAAGACUCGUGACGCGUUGAAACACUUGCGAUGCGUUCAAAGACUCGCGACACGUUCAAAGACUCGUGACACGUUCAAACACUUGCGAUGCAUUCAAAGACUUGCGACAUGUUCAAAGACUCGUGUCGCGUUCAAACACUUGCGAUGCGUUCAGAGACUUGUGAUACGUUCUAAGACUCACGAUGCAUUCAGAGACUCCUGUCGCGUUCAAAGACUUGAGACGCAUUCAUAGACUCGCGAUGCGUUCAGGUGUUUGUCUGAAAAGUCAGCUCUGCUGCUACAAACUGAAGCUCCUGAAGUUUGUGCGUCUUUAGUCCAGCAGUAAACCCAACAGCUGACAGAUGUUUGGUUUAAAACAUCUGGUUUCUGUAAAACUGCAGAGAAAAGAUCCAUCAGUCGAUCUUCAGGCUGAAAACAUGAAAGAAGAAAAACAUCCAGAACCUUCACGGUUCCUGUUAAAGCUGCACAAACCUCCAGACUUCAUCACCUCCAUCAUUAAAAUGCACAAUAACCAUUCAUCUGCUGUUCAGGUUCAGAGUCUGGAAGAGCUGAAGGUUCCACAGAAACAUAAGAAGCUUCUUCAUGUCUUCAUUCCACUGAUUCACCUGGAAAUGAUUCAGAUUAAACACAAUAAACUGCUUCCUUAACUGGAAGGUUCAACGUUUGAAGCUUUGACUGAUGUUUUUGUGUUUUUGAGGAUUUGUUGUCAGAAUUUUUGGAUGAAUUUUUAAUUUUUUUUUUCCACCAAAUUUUUAGUUACUUUGGAGAAAUUUUGGAUCAUUUCUGGGAAAAAGAUUUGAUUUGACAGAUUUAAUUAUUUUAGACAAAUUUUUAGUAAUUUUUAAACCAAAUUUUAGUCAUCGUUUGGCAGAUUUUUGAGUCAAAAAUGUCAAAAAAAAGUUUUCAUUAUUUUGAACAAAUGUUUCUGGACCAUUCUAGUUCUAUUUGGAGUCAGUUUUGUACCAUUUUUGUAAUAUUGUGCAAAGUUUUAGUUAUUUUUGGACCAUUUUUUGUUCAUUUCAAAACAGUUUUUAGUCAUUUUGGUUUUUGAGUCACUUAAAAAAACUUUGAGUCUUUUAGGGAGAACCUGGGCUCACUUUCAGACUAAAUGUUUUAUGGGGCAUUUUGGAGAAACUUUGAGUCUUUUUCGUGUUUUUUCUCCACAUUAAAGGGGUUUCUAGUGAAAGGUUGCGUAUUUCCUGUUAGAGCCGGACACUGUGACGCCGUUCUGUUGGUUUAUUUGUUAAAAACCUUCCAGACUCUGGACCUCCGGCUGCCUUCUCUCGUCCCGGUGGUCUGAAUGUGCCAUGACUGAAGCAUAUCCAUGAAGAUCAUAUCUCCCAACCUCCUCAUCGUUUCUAGAACUCUUCUCCGGGAGAAACUGUGCAGUGCUUAAACAGAUCUAUUUUAAUACACGACACGACAUUUGAACAAAAAGAACAUUUUAUAUUCUUUUAUGGACGUCUGGGUUUUCUAUUCCUUUCUGCAUUCUGACUUUAGCUCGCAGCGUUCGACGUUUUGUUUUUGCCACAGAGGCGACGACGCGACGGCCGUGUUUAGAGGAAAUGUCUAGAAGUGUCUCUGGUUGGAGCUGUCCAGUGGAUAGUGUGUAUAGGAAGUGUUUGUCUGAAUAUGCCAAUGUAGUUUCUCUUCUUUAUGAUGCAAGAAACAGCUGAUUAAAGAUUAGUCUCACUUUUUGUACCAAGUUCUUACGAAAAAUGGAUCAUUAAUAAAACUAAUUCAAGAACAAA